AUGAAACAUAUCAUCCUGAACAGUCCAUUCUCGCCAGAACUCAAGUGGAAAGCCAGCAUUCGCCGGGCCAAAAAUCCGUCAAAAAGAAGUGUCUUGUUUCGAUUGAAAAUGAGAACGUUCAAGUUAAAGCGAAAGAGGGAGUUAAGGCGAGAAUCCGCGACUAAGAAGCUCAUUGCUUCGACUAGCAGAGGCGGGACUCAAGAUCAAGAAUCUGAGGAAUCGAUCAAAGAGCAAGAGUUGGCUACUUUUGCUAACAAGAUUUUUAGCAAGUUUGCGAUUGAAAGGUCCUCCGGAGGAUCUGGUAAGCCCGGAGGCCCAGGAAAGAUUUCGACUUUGCCUUGGGAUCCAACCUUCCAAUACAAAUUGACUUACCACGCCGCCUGGGUUUGGGCAAAUGGUGCUGUAGUUCAACAAACUCCACCUGGUGGAGUUGUAUCCACCGACGAAGGGAUCUACAAAAAGCAAUCCCUUUCCCAUUCGACCUCAAUGCCCAAUAUGAAUUCCGGGUUGGUGAAGGUAGGUGAAAAACGUGUCGCCUCCGGAUCUGGUGACAUGAUUGACAUCAAGGCCGACUUGAAGAAAAUAAAGGUAGAACAUGGUGAGCUAAUUGUCAGGGGAUAUCCAAUCAAGACCAAAUUGGCACUUACUGACACUGGGUUCUUUUCGGUCCAGCUCCAGAGUCCAAGUUUCCCGCCAAUGAACCAAUCUAUAUUUCCAGUGAUUUCGAGAGUGACUGGGAAAGCAAUAGUAUUAGUAGCAGCAUUGAGUUUGAGCUCCCAAGGCCUUCCACCUCUCACUUGGUGGAAUUAG